CCCACCACACCAAACCCCACCACAACCACCACUACCACCAAGCCAAAACCAACCACAAUUAUGGCCAAGCCAACACCCACCACACCAAAACCCACUCCAACCAUGGCUAAGCAAAAACCUGCUACAGCCCCAGCCAAGCCAACACCCACCACACCAUCAUCUACCACCACUACAGCCAAGCCAACACGUGCUGCUACAACACCAACACCUACCACAACAGCAAAGACACAACCGAAAACUGCCACAACCACAAAGCCAGAACCAGAAAGACCUGAUCCUACUGAGGCAACUGGGAUCACUCUUUCCUUUGAGCCCACAUUAGACCCAGAUUAUAAAGUAUCUCCAGAGGUAGACACUGGAGAGCCUCUUAGCUCCUUCACUACAGAAGAUCCAGCCUUACUAGAAAGCUUGGGCACAGCCUUCAGCCCCAGAUCAGUCCCAGAAACAAAGAAAGGUGUCAAAGAGGAUGGGAAAGAGAAAUCAGCAUUUUCCAGUCCAUCUCCAUCCCUCAGCCAAGUUGUUCCAGAGAUUAAGUUAGGUUUCAAUAGAGGUGAGCUCAUAACCCCCUCCAAGUCAGUGGUCCUCAGCCCUGAAGAGCCCACGUUCUUGCGCUUAACAUCAUCCUCCAAAGACAAAAAAGGGCCGAGCCCCCAUUUCCAGACCUCCCUCUCAGGUGCCCUGGACACAGAAGAACUGGAGACAAACUCGGACCAGACAAGUGUGGAUCCACCCAAAGCUGGAGCUCCCAGUACCUGCUUGGGGCUUUCGCUCUUCCUUGUCCCCAGUGCCAUCCUGGUGGGCCUUCUGCUCUGAAGGGUCUUCCUCAGCUGUCCCUGCACCCCUCACCAAGGCUUUGGUCAGCGCUGGUUGUUCCACAACCCUGGUAGGCUCAGGAGACUCCUUGGACAAUUCACACGCUCCCUCCUUACGCUGCCUUCUCUGCUGCAGCCCCGGCGAGCCAAGGGCAGCCGGCAGGCCCGGAGGAACUUGGUCCCCUUCCCGAGGAGACCCGAGGGCAGGAGGGUGUUUGCCAUAAUGCUGGUGACCUUGGACGCUUCUCCUUUUUCCUGGCUUCCGUUGCAUUUCCAGGCUGGAAGUGUUGAGCUCUCCCACCCACCCACCCGCUCGUGUGACCCCAGGGACAGCGGGGUGACUUGGGGACAAUGAGACAUGGUGGUUGGCUUUGGUGUUUGUAGAUGAGACAUGGGGGCUAGGUUUGGUGGAUUUUUCCAGCAGAAAUGCUCUUUUCCCUCCCAGUGUGUCCAUCUCAAUUUUGGACAAGUUUUACCUCUUUCCCUUCUUGUCCAAAAAGAGUGGCUGUUUUGAUUUCUGUUUCUGGAGGAUUUCUGUUUCCUCCUGGUUCUGGUGUAGCUCUGGCCAGUACUACCCAGCUCUUCUCCCCUCUCCUCCUCACACUCUGCAGCCCUUGCCUCCUCCCUCUCUCCUGCUCUCUGGCACACAUCCCCUUCCUCAGUUACUCCAAUGCCAUGGAUUUAUUUUACGCGUGUGCCUGCACCUGUGUGCACGCACAGAAGAGAAGAGCUGAGAGCAGCCACCAGCUCCUUCAUGUAGCUUUUCCCUGCAUGGCUUCAUUCUUUGCAUAAUUUCAGUGUAUUUGAAUUUAGAUACAGAUCCUGCUUGACAUGUAACUUGUGUGUGUGUGGUCAGGGAGAACAAAUCCCCAUGUGUGUCGGUACAAUCUGAGCUCCAGAGAUACAAGUGACACUGUUAGAGGUUAUUGGUGGCUCCUGGGCACAUCGCAGGACUGCUGGCAUUGUCUGGGACACUGUGUUUUGUUACCCCACGGCUCUCCUCCCUUCACCUGAGGAUUCCCAGUCAGGUGUGUUAAAUAUGUGACAAGCUUUGCAGACUGGUGGAAGGAAGAUAACAGGGAGAUACAGCCCCUUCUCUGGUCAUUGCAACCUUUCAUUUCUUACAGAUGAGGUGGAGGAUGACCUGAAGGCCAUUAUUCACAUCCUCCACUGCUGCUCUGUCCUGUGCAUCCCCAGAGCAUGCACUGAAUAAAUCCAGUUGUGAAAGUC